AUGGCGGACGCUGAAAUCGAAACUAAACAGCGCAAGUCGGUCGCAUUCAGCGAAGGAUCGGUCAUCAUGGAUACCAACGGCCAAGUCACAGAUGCUCCUCCGGCUGAGAAGCCCACAGGCGAGAAGGAUGUCGACGAGGUCACCGAGAUGUUCAAGGGACUCUCAAAAAAGAAGAAGACCUCCAAGAAGUCUAAGACCGCCGACGUUGGCGAUGACGAGGAGGCCCCCGCCGCCGCCGAUGGCGAAUUCGAUCCCUCCGCCCUGAAGAAGAAAAAGAAGAGCGGCAGCAAGUCUAAGAAGGCCGACCCCAACGACUUCGAUGCCAAGCUCGCUGAGGCUGGUAUUGCUGAGGAGGCUGGCGAGGAUCAGCCCGAGGAGCUGCCCGAGGGUGACCUCGAGGCCGGCACCGGUAUCUGGGCACACGACGCCACACAAGCCAUCCCCUACUCGCUCCUUGUCUCCCGCUUCUUCUCCCUCAUCGAGAGCCACCACCCCGACCUUCUGUCCAGCGGCGCCAAGUCCUACAAGAUCCCCCCGCCUCAGUGCCUGCGUGAAGGUAACCGUCGUACUAUUUUCGCCAACAUCGCCGAUAUCUGCAAGCGCAUGAAGCGAAGCGAGGAGCACUGCACCCAAUUCCUGUUCGCCGAACUCGGUACAUCAGGCAGUGUCGACGGUAGCCGUCGUCUGGUCAUCAAGGGAAGAUUCCAACAGAAGGGUAUCGAAUCGGUUCUGCGUCGCUAUAUUGUUGAGUACGUCACAUGCAAGACGUGCCGCAGCCCCGACACCGAGCUCAACAAGGGAGAGAACCGUCUGUAUUUCGUUACUUGCAACUCUUGCGGAUCCCGUCGUUCCGUCGCCGCCAUCAAGACCGGUUUCCGUUCCCAGAUCGGCCGCAGAAAGCGUGUGGGCUAA